ACAGUGAAACUCAAUCUCUCUGCAACAAAUGGCAACAUUUUUAGAGCCACAGUUGUUGUUGAAGUUGAACCUCAACCCAAUCUUCACUUUAAAAACCUCUUACCCACAAACCCCACUUCACAUUCACAAUCUCAAACUCCCCAAGUCACUCUCCAACAAUUCAACACUUGUUUUAACUCUCAACUCCAUAACUACUGCCACUUCUUGUUUUGCUGCUGAUCACUCUCCUUCCCUUCCUGGUGAUUCUGACUCAAACCCAGUUGCUCUUACUGCCCCUGAAAGGACACGUGACCGUCGUAAAGUUGUUAGAGUUGCGUGGGAAAAAUUAGUCAGAUGGUCUCGCUCUUGGCGCUCCAAAGCCAAAACUGACAUCCUUGAACGCACUAACAAGGUGGUGGUGCUUGGAGGAGGGUCUUUUGGUACAGCAAUGGCAGCUCAUGUUGCCAAUAGAAAGGCUCAAUUGGAGGUUUACAUGCUUGUGCGUGAUCCUAUUGUUUGUCAAUCUAUCAAUGAGAAGCACUGUAAUUUUCGGUACUUCCCAGAACACAAACUACCGGAAAAUGUGAUUGCAACAACUGAUGCCAAAACUGCUUUACUUGGCUCUGACUAUUGCCUUCAUGCAGUGCCUGUACAGUUCAGUUCAUCUUUUCUGGAGGGCAUCGCAGAUUAUGUUGAUCCAGGCUUACCUUUCAUAUCCCUCAGCAAAGGCUUAGAGCUAAACACAUUGAGGAUGAUGUCUCAGAUUAUUCCCCAGGCAUUGAGGAAUCCUCGCCAACCUUUUAUUGCGUUAUCAGGUCCUUCAUUUGCUCUGGAAUUGAUGAAUAAAUUACCAACAGCAAUGGUGGUAGCAUCAAAAGACAAAAAAUUGGCAAAUUCCGCUCAGCAACUACUUGCUUCUAAUCAAUUAAGAAUCAGCACUUCAAGUGAUGUUACAGGGGUGGAAAUUGCAGGUGCUCUAAAGAAUGUGCUCGCGAUAGCAGCAGGGAUUGUGGAAGGGAUGAAUCUUGGCAAUAAUUCUAUGGCAGCUCUUGUUGCUCAAGGUUGCUCUGAGAUACGAUGGCUGGCAACAAAGAUGGGUGCUAAGCCAACAACAAUUACUGGUCUAUCAGGGACCGGAGACAUCAUGCUUACAUGUUUUGUAAAUCUUUCAAGAAACAAAACAGUUGGCGUCCGUCUUGGAUCAGGACAGAAGCUUGAUGAUAUACUAAAUUCGAUGAAUCAGGUAGCUGAAGGUGUAUCAACAGCUGGGGCUGUGAUUGCACUGGCACAAAAGUAUAAGGUCAAGAUGCCAGUUUUGACAGCAGUUGCUCGGAUCAUAGAUAAUGAACUAACCCCGACAAAAGCUGUCUGUGAAUUAAUGAAUCUCCCUCAGGUUGAAGAAGUGUGAAACCUGGGGCCUCUGUCUAUAGACAUUCCAUUGCUCCCGGAGCGAAAGCAUUAUAGUUUACCAAUUUCAACUGAAGUAUAGCAAAUGAUGUGAAGAAGAAAAUUUUGACACAUUCUAUUAUUACACAGCAUUUUUCACUUGCUUAGAAAGGGAGAUUUACUCCAAAAUUUGUCCAUGGAAUUAUUUUACUAGUAAGGCUAUGCUAAAGAUGUUAACUCUUCAUUGAAAACUUUCUUAUU